AUGAUAACACGUGAAAACUUAUUGAUUGGUGAUUGUGAUUAUGAUGGUGUUCAAUUUCAUUUCCUUCCUAUUGAUGUUGAUGAAUCAACAUUAUAUGAAACUGGUGAUUAUGUGUUGAGGUUACAUGGAAUUUUGACAAAUGGUUGUAGGAUGCGAAUUGAUGUGUGUGGAAUUAAACCAUUUUUCGAUAUCCUGAUAGAUGGAUUGAAUGUAGAUGAGAUAUUAUCAGAGAUUGAAUGCGAAUCACAUGAGAUUAUUCAAGCAAAACUGAUUAAUUUGUUUUGUGAGAACAUCAAAGAAUUUGUUCGUUUUUAUUUUAAGAAUAGUGGAAUUCGAUCGAAACAAUUGAAAAUGGUGAAGGAUCGAUAUGUGACAUAUUCUAAUGAUCUUACGUUUCACUAUCGCAAGGUGUUGAGAGAAGGUAAGAUUGAUGUGACGCGAUGGAAAAUGAUUGAGUCAAGUGAAUUGGUGUAUGGUAAUGAUCAAUAUCGAAAGGUGUUAAAGGUUCAUCGUGAUCAUAUAAUCAAUGGUCAGAAUCCCCUGAAGAGGAAUCGGAUUAUGAUUCUCUGUUGGGAUAUCGAGACUUAUAGUUCACGUGAGGGUGGUGAGGUUCCAAAACCAGAGUAUGAUAAAGAUGAGGAUUUGAAUGAAUGUGAGGAUUGGAUAUUUAAGAGGUCGUAUUCUCAAGAACAGAUGAUAAUGGAUUUUGCAUAUUGCAAAGCUGAGCGGUUAAAUAUACUGAGAGAUUUUGUGAGUAUGAUGAGUGGAAUGAAAUUUAAAGGAAGUUCGAUCAGUGAUGCUGGUUAUAAUAUUUAUGAGAAUAAUAUUAAGAUUACAGCUCAAGAUAAUGUCAGAGUAAUGUAUUUUCAUAAAUUGGGAACGUUGAUGAUAGAUGUGAUGGUAUCAUUUCGAAAGAUGUAUCCAAACUCGGAGAGAAAUUCACUCUCUCAUUUUUUGAAGAUGAUAAAUCUCAAAGGAAAGAUGGAUUUAUCUCAUUUAGUUUUGAGAAAAUAUUAUCGAGAUUGUAAGGAUGGAAAUGUGUCAGCUGAGGAAUCAAAAGAGAAUAUGAGUGAAAUUGCACAGUAUUGUAUGAUGGAUGCAAGGCAUUGUCAGGAAUUGAUGUUAAAGAUAAAUGUGAUUGAUUCAUAUCGGAAGAUGUCGGGUAUAUCUUAUGUAUCGAUUUUUGAUUCGUAUUGCUAUGCAGGAGGGAUCAAGGUGUGUAAUUUGCUUGGUACGAUGGCCUGUGAUAUGAAUAUCUUGAUCAAUAUAAUUCGAAAUGAUAAUGUAAAGGAGGGGAAAUACCCCGGAGCAUAUGUAUAUGAACCAAUAAAAGGUUUGAAUAAUCGAAGACCAGUUACUGGAUUAGAUUUUUCUUUAUUAUAUCCAAGUCUCAUGAUGACAUACAAUUUAUCCCCCGAGAUGAUGAUCGUGAAUCAAUUGGAACGUGAUCG